AUGUCAUCUAUUGAACAGAUGAGUAUUCACGGAAUUAGGAGCUUUGGACCGAAUGAUACAGAUAGACAAAUCAUUAAGUUUUUUAAGCCUUUAACAUUGAUUUUAGGACCUAACGGGACUGGGAAAACAACUAUUAUUGAAUGCUUAAAUUAUUUAACAACUGGGGAAAUGCCUCCAGGAAAUGGAAAAGGAUCGGCAUUUGUACAUGACCCUAAAGUAGCACAUGAAAUUGAAGUUAAAGGACAGUUAAGAUUGCAAAUAAAAGAUUUGCAAGGAAAGCAAUUGGUUGUUCAAAGAUCAAUGAAAACUACACAAAAGGCUAAAAAAGUAGAAUUUCAAACAUUAGAUGGUGUAAUUACCAGAUGGAAACAUAAUGGUGAAAAGGUUAGCAUUAGUUCAAGAUGUGCUGAAAUUGAUAAAGAAAUGAUUAGUGCAUUAGGAGUUUCAAAGUCUAUUUUAAAUAAUGUAAUAUUUUGUCAUCAAGAGGAUGCUUUAUGGCCUUUAAGUGAGGGAAAACAAUUAAAACAAAAAUUUGAUAACAUAUUUGCUGCAACCAAAUAUAUUAAAGCCUUAAAUGCAAUAAAUGACAUUAAAAAAAAUCAGAAAAAUGAGAUAAAAUUAUACAAUGCAGAAUUAAAAUACCUGAAAGAAAACAAAGAAUUUGCUGAUGAGUUGGAAGAAAAUCUUAAAAAGGCUGAAAAGAGAUUUAAACUAGCAACUGAUAAAGUUAUAGAAAUUGAUGCUGAAAUGAAACCUUUGCAGGAAAAAUUAACUCAUUUAGAGAGUCAAAGUAGAGAAAUUGAAUUGGCCAAGAAUCAGGCAAUCAAACUGCAGAAUGAAAUUGAACAAACAGCAGUUACCGUAAGUACAGUUAGCAAUAAUCUCACCAACAAAAGUUAUUUGGAAACAUCUUUUGAUCUAAACUUCAAUGGUAAAAAUUUUAAUUACAUCAAAGGAGGUAAACCAGAGCACAUACUUGCAUUGAAAUCCAACCUGGGAAAGGCUCAAAAAGCAUUAGCCAACCAUGAAAGUGAGAUGCUAUUUAAUCAAGAAAAAUUGGCCAAUUUGGAAACCCAAAAUGCCAAUAUAGAUAAGAGCGGUCACACUUUGGAAGAACAGAAUUCUGUUCUUUACAUGCGUAAAAUGGCUUUGGAAAAGGAGAAGCAAAAUUUUGCCCAACUAUUAAAACAGCGAGAUGCCUACAUUUCCAAACACUUAACCAAGAUAUUGUCAUCUGAAAAUUUAACCGAUUGGAAUAUUCAUCAAAAAAAAUUCUCAAUUAAUAUUGAUAAUAUUAAUGAAAAUAACGUCUCUGCACAACACGACAUCGAAAUAAAGGUGUACUCUAGGUUGUUGGACGAAUUGGACGCGGAGAAAAAAAAAUUAGACGCCACGCAUACCAAACAAAGACGAAUUCUGGACGAUAAAAUAGAUGUUCAAAGACGCCAUGUAGACACAUGCAAGGAAGAAAAAGCCAAAGUGGAAAGUGAGCUUCAAGUCCACGGGAGAACGCUCGAAACCAACGAGUCCGAUAUAAAAACGCUUAAUCGCGAACUUAAUAGCAUGGCAAGCGAUAAAGAAAGGCUCGAUACCAUCGACAAGGACAUCAGAAAAACGGAAUUCGAAAUCAAACGGGAAACUCUUGGUUCCAUUUUGGACGAUAACUCAACUUACGAAUCUCCCAACAGAAAUAAAACUAAGGAACACCAUACCAAUUCUAAUAAUGACUCCUCUACAUCUGUCAACGUUAACACUGAUCAUACUUCUUCAAUCUUCAAUAUUAAUAAUAACAGUGAAGGAACAGUCGAAGAGAGGCUGAAAAAGGACAUCGUUUCUUUGCAAUUCUCCAAGACUAAAGUGGAUAGUCGGGUAAGCUCUCUUAAUACUCUCUUGAGCAAAUUGCACAACAAUUCGCAAUUGAGAGACAGGAUUAAAUCGCUCAGAGUAGAUAUAGCUUCCAAAGAAACCGAGCGCAAUGGGUUACAGGGCAAAAUGGUAGUCAUUAAAAAACUCAUAGCAGUGCAAGAUAGUGAUGAUAAAGACCAAUCAUCAUUGGAUUCCGAGGGAGAUAUGGCGGAACAUGAACGUUUUCAAGGUGGGCUGGAACGUUAUCUUAGGCAAAAAUCUCAAGCCAUAAAUGAGUCGCAAGAAAGAUUGAGCAAUAUAAACGUGGAACUAUCUACUUUAAAGGCAGAAAACUCCCAUUCCACCGAAAAAUUGGAGGAGUUCGAAAAAGAGUUAGCUUCGUGUGAACAAGAAAUCCUAGAACUGUGCAAUAUGAAAGAUAUCGGUGAAGAGUUGUCAAAUUUGGAACAAAGUUUAAACGAUUUACACGAACGCAAAGGUGCCCUAUUAGGCUCUCAAACCAUAUACAAAAAAUUCUCGGAUAGACUGAAGGAUAUAAAAUGUUGUCCUAUAUGCAACAGAAAUUUCCAAGGAACUUCUUCUAACAAGCGAGCUGGUGCUACUUCUAACGAACAAACUUUUGACGAUUUGAUCAAAGACCUAGAAAGAAAACUAAGCAUCAUUCCCCCUAAAUUAGCCGAGACUAACACGUCCAUAGAUAAAUUCGAAGGCCAAUAUCACGAAUUGUUGGAACUCAAGCCCAAGAAUUCUUCCGUCGAUAAAUAUAAACGCGUUGAUAUACCCAAGAUAAAGACUGUUCUUUUAACGUUGGAACAAAAAAUUUGCGAAGUGACUGAACAAUUAGAAAACGAACAAAAAGUUUUGAGCUAUUUGAACGCGGAGGGGACUCAGGCCAAAAAUUUGAUUAAAGACGCUAUCAUUUACGAUAAAUUGUGCAAAGAUAUCGCGGAUUUGAAGGAGCGAUGCGCUAUUGAAUCCCAGAAAUCAGCCGAUAUUGAUAGUGAAGAUGAUAGAAACUUAAAUUCUGUAUUGGAAGAGAAGGAAGAACUCGAUCUUAAGGCCGAAAGUUUGAACAAGGAAAUUGAAUUCAAGAAACAAAAACUGUCAAAUCACAACGAUAGACUCCAGAGGCUGGAACGCAAAAUCAACGCGUUACAGGGUGAAAAGUUGAAAAUUCAGAGUGGUCUUCAAAAGAGAACACAGCUUGAAGAUAAAAAGGGUGAGUUGUUCGCGUCGAUCAAAUUCGCGAAGGAACAAAUCGAAUAUCUCAAGCCCAAAAUCCUGCCCAUACAAGCGAAACUACUAAACUUGGAAAGUGAUGUACAAAGUUUGGUGAAAGAAAAGGAGGAUUACCAAAGAUCGGCUUGGCAAGCCUUAGAGAAUAUCAAUAAACUCACCUCUGACCUAAAGCACCACGGCAAACAAAUCACCUCUUAUUUGGACGCCUCGUCAGGCAUUCAUUCCAUCGAAACCUUGAACGAUCAAAUGACAAGUCUCGAGAUUAGAUUGAAAUCGCUGAAAACGAAUAAAAUGGAGGUUUGCAAAGAGAUCGACGAUAUCAAAUCCGAAAUAGCUCACGAAAAGGUAAAAGAACGCGAUAUUACUGAUAGCAUUCAAAUUCUGAAAUGGCAAGCCGAGAUUUCUCAGAAAACGGCGAACUUUCAAGAAUUAGGACUACGAUUCUCCCCACAGGAUAGCCUUAAUUUACUAAGCCAAAUCAAGCAACACAGAGAGAGGCAAGAAAAACUAACCAAAGACUCCCAUCAACUCGGUGGCAUGAAAAGCGAAUUGACUCGAGAAAUCGCCCGCCUCAAGGCCACCGCUCAAAACGAAACCUACAAACUGAGCAAAGAAAAAUACGUGGAGGCUUUAGUUAAAUUCAGAACCACUCAAUUGGCACUCAAAGAUUUGACUAUUUAUCACAAGGCUUUUGAUAGAGCUAUUAUGACUUACCAUUCAAUAAAAAUGAACGAAAUAAACAAGAUAGUUCGACAGUUAUGGAAGCAAACGUACAGGGGCAACGAUAUCGACUACAUCGAAAUUAGGUCCGACGUCGAGGACGGAUUUAUCAUGGCAGCCAACGCUAAACUUCAGCGGGAUAUCUAUAACGACGCUGGAAAUUCUGCUCAAAAUUAUGACAACGAAUCGGAUCCCAAUUUCGACGAAAAUGAUUUUAGUGUCAAUAACAAGGGAGGCGGCAAAAAGAAAGGUGGUAGAAAGAACCCUCCCGGGGCGAAAAAGGCUAAACUCAAUGUUAAGGAAGAUUCUCAAGCGCAACAGAUGAUGUUAGGUGGCCCACAAAGAUCGGUAUACAAUUAUAGAGUCGUUAUGGUGAAAGAUGACGUGGAAUUGGAUAUGAGAAAUCGAUGCAGUGCCGGGCAAAAGGUUUUAGCAUCCUUGAUCAUCAGAUUAGCUCUGGCGGAAACAUUUUGUUUAAACUGCGGUAUAUUAGCCUUAGACGAGCCCACCACUAACUUGGACCAGGAAAAUAUUGAAAGCUUAGCCUACGCCCUUAUUCAGAUAAUCAAUGACAGAAGCGCCCAAAGAAAUUUUCAACUCAUCAUAAUAACUCACGACGAAGAUUUUAUAAAUUUAUUGGCCAAGGCAGAUUUCGUGGACAACUAUUACCGCGUUGGAAAAAGUGUUGAGGGCUAUUCUACUAUAUCCAAGGUCAACAUUCGCUCCUAAUCCUGAUAGCACGAUGCAUAAAAAAUCCCUAUAUCUUUCAAAAAGUCAAAUUUAUUUUGGAAACCCUUACUACUUAUAUAAAAAGUCUUAUUUGCUUUAAA